AUGCGUCCGGCCAUAUCGCUGGCCCAGAUCUGUGAUCCGACGCCCAAGAAGGGCCUCUUUGCCCAGUGGCAAAGCCUGAUCAAGAAGAAUCGGGAAAACGGGACGGUUAUUGAGGCGGCCAUCACUACUUUUAAAAAAGCACUCGGUCAAGCUGACCGUGGUCUCCCGCCAGGAGCAGCGUUACAUUGGACCAACAUCUACAACGUGGCACCGGAGACGCCGCGGCAGAAGCUCAUCACCAGGACCAUUUCCACUUCGCAGCUAAGCAGCCUGCCCCAGAAUCGUCAUUGCAGCUUUGACUUUUUGCAUGGAACCAUGUGGAGCAGCUUCGAUCAACUGCUGUCAGACAACCACGUGCAGCUUUGACAUCCUACGUUUUUUGGUUAUGGUGAAUGCACUCAGGAGCAGCCACAGGAUCAGGAUGAGCUGGAUCAUGACCAGGGCGUGCUCGUCAAAGCCCAGCCGGUGGCAGUGCAGACCACUUCGCUCCUGCUGCCCAUUGAUGAGCUAUCCCACACCCUCGCUGGCCUCUAGCGUGAACAGCGCUAAGGAGGAGAGCCAGCAUUCGUAUGACUCUGGCACCUCGGCCUCCUCGCAGAGCAACAACAACCUCCAGGACAAGCAGCAGCCGCGCAAGCUGA